AUGAAAUGCUACAGACUAUCUCGGGAGGACCUAGUCCAGCAGCAGGGUAAGCAUUCAUAUGUAAGAAUUCACGAGCCUUCAACUAGGACGUCUUCACAACAGUCGUCGCACAACCGUGUUGAGCAGGAGUCGACGGGUGCGGAGAUGGAUAAGAUCGAGUCUGCGUUGUGGAAAGCACACACUCAACAUGCCGCAUCAAUGCGUAGUGGAAAUCAUUUAAAUGACCCAAAAGAUCAGAUUUUAUGUUGGGCACGCGAAAUGCAGCAGACUCAUUUGGGAGGAACCAACCCCACAGCAGGAAAUCCUCCACAGGAAUCGUCAUCUACACAGUUGCAGGAAGCACAACAGGCGCCAAAACCUGGGCCCAUCCAUAGACGUGGAAACGACCACGUGGAGAAUUCGGAGGGUCCAUCGGGGUCGAAUACAGUCACAUCAAUGACAACGACAGCCAUGAACCCAGAUUCCAAGACCCGCGAGGCGCUUUAA